CCCUAAGAGCUUACCUUAUGAACCCUGUCAUAAAGAGGCUCGUAGGGUAGCCGGUGUGCAUCUUACUUCACUACCCUGCUUGCGCCCCAACAACCACACACGUCGUCUCUUGCAACUUGAUGGCCCCUACGGCCCUAAAGGGCCCGAAGGCCACGAUCAGCUGCGCUCAAAAAUCUCCUGCUUGCAAGCCUAUGACGAUGAGCUCGGCAGCAAUGCGUCGUGCAUUGCCGCUCGUUCGGCAACUUGCUGGUCGUUCGGCAUUGGUGGCUGGCAUGCCUGCCGGGCUUCGCGGAGUCCUGGCCAGCAGCAGCGUCGCCACCAGCGCCACAGGCGCCUCCACCUCCACCACCACCCUGGCUGCCCCCACCACCGCCCCCACCUCCGCCGCCUCAACCGUACCAGGACCCGCCAGGAAGAUGAGCGGCUCCGAGAUCCGCGAGGCCUUCCUGUCGUUCUUCGAGUCUCGCGGCCACACGCGGCUGCCCUCCUCCUCGCUGGUGCCCGAGGACCCCACGCUGCUCCUCACCAUUGCCGGCAUGCUGCAGUUCAAACCCGUCUUCCUGGGACAGGCCCCCCGCUCCGUCCCCCGCGCCACCACCACUCAGAAGUGCGUGCGCACCAAUGACAUCGGCAAUGUGGGCGUCACCGCGCGGCACCACACCUUCUUCGAGAUGCUGGGCAACUUCUCGUUCGGGGACUACUUCAAGGAGCAGGCCAUCCGCUGGGCCUGGGAGCUGAGCACCGGGGUGUUCGGGCUGCCACCCGAGCGCGUGUGGGUUAGUGUGUACGAGGAGGACGGCGAGGCGGAGGCCAUCUGGCGCGACGUGGUGGGGGUGGCCCCGCAGCGCAUCAAGCGCAUGGGCGCGGCGGACAACUUCUGGUCCAGCGGACCCACGGGUCCGUGCGGUCCCUGCUCGGAGCUGUACUACGACUUCCACCCGGAGAGGGGCACGGAGGGCGCCUCCCUGGAUGACGACUCGCGCUUCAUUGAGUUCUACAACCUGGUAUUCAUGCAGCUCAACAGGAAGUCCGACGGCAGCCUGGAGCCGCUUGCCGCGCGCAACAUCGACACGGGCAUGGGGCUGGAGCGCAUGGCGCAGAUACUGCAGGGUGUCCCCAAUAACUACGAGACGGACCUGCUGCUGCCGCUGCUGCAGCGCGCGGCCCAGCUGGCGGGGGUGGGGGACUAUGCCAGCGCGCCGGAGGGGGUCAAGACGGCACUCAAGGUCAUUGGCGACCACACCCGCGCCGUGACCUACCUGCUGAGCGACGGCGUGACUCCCUCCAACACGGGCAGGGGGUACGUGCUGCGGAGGCUGCUGAGGAGGGUGGUCAUGAAGGGUCGCCUGCUGGGCAUCCGCGGUGUGUUCACCCCGCGUGUGGCGGAGGUGGCGGUGGCACUGUCGGGGCCGUGUGACCCACGGGUCGCGGAGAACGCGACCAGGAUAUACGAGGAGAUGGCGCGCGAGGAGGCCCUGUUCGCCGCCACCCUGGAGCGAGGCCAGAAGGUGCUGCAGGAGAUGCUGGCGGCGGCUACUGCUGGCGGCAAGGCGGGUGGUGGCAUGAUCAGCGGGGCGGACGCCUUCCUGCUGUACGACACAUUCGGUUUCCCGUUGGAGCUGACUGCGGAGCUGGCUGAGGGGCGGGGUGUGGGGGUGGACGUGGGCGGCUUCGAGGCGGAGAUGGAGGCGCAGAGGCAGCGGUCCAAGGAGUCCAGGGAGACGGUGGACCUCACAGCUCAGGCGGGACUGGCGCAGCUGGCAGCGCAGGUUCCCCCCACGUCCUUCACCGGCUACCACUCCACGCACGGCAGCGGGCUGCGGGUGGUGGGGCUGAUGCGGGAG